GAGCGGAGGGUCCACACACACACACACACACACACACACACACAGAGAUACAGAGAGAGAGAGAGAGAGAGAGAGAGAGAGAGAGAGAGAGAGAGAGAGAGAGAGAGAGAGAGAGAGAGAGAGGAGCAGGAGUCCACGGACGGACCAACUUUUAAUGUAUGCGGGGCCCGGAGAGCCGCCGUGUAGCGCCGCGCUGCUUUCUCCCUCUUUACGCAUCCCCCCGGUCGACUUCGCUUCGCUCUUUCCUCACUUGUUCAGUAGCUCGUCUGGUUUUUGGCUCAAGAAGAAGAAGAAGAAGAAGAAGAGCGGUUCUUUUUUAAGUCCUCCUGCGACUUCCAAAACAGAGCCGGCCUCGACUGAACGAUUGAUUAAGUGACUGCAUGGCUCAGACUGAACAUGAAGAGCCUCAAAGCCAAGUUUAGAAAAACCGAUGCCAACGAGUGGAACAAAAAUGACGAGCGCCUGCUCGCUGCGGUGGAGCACGGCGAGGUGGACAAAGUGGCGCCGCUCCUCGCCAAGAAAGGUGCCAAUGCCGUAAAGUUGGACAGCGAGGGCAAAUCAGCUCUUCAUGUAGCAGCUGCCCGUGGUCUCACAGACUGUCUGUCCAUCAUCUUGGCUCACGGAGCCGACCUGUCAAUCACUGACGCUGCUGGCUUUAGUCCUUUACACCUGGCUGCCAAAAACAAUCAUAUCGAAUGCUGCAGAAAGCUCAUCCAGAGUAAAUGUCCCAUCGAUGCUGUAGACAGCUCAGGAAAGACUGCUCUCCAUCACGCUGCUGCCAGCGGCAACAUCCAGAUCGUCCAACUGCUGUGUGAACACAAAAGCCCCGUCAACCUGAAAGAUGCAGACGGCCUCACAGCCCUGCUGCUGUCAGCCAAACACAGUCACCCUGACGUCUGCAGCACUUUGCUGGACUGUGGUGCUGAAAUCAACACUCCGGAGAACAGUGGCAGGACGGCCUUGAUGCUCGCAGCCGAGUCCAGCGCGGCGCCGGUCGUCGAAGUGUUGGUUCAGCGAGGAGCGGAGCUGACGACUGUAGAUGCAGAGGGCCACAAUGUCGCACACUACAUCAAGAUGUCGGGAAACCCCGAGGCGAGAACCGCUCUCAUGGUCGCUCUGAACCAACAUCCUGUCUCAGACGCCAAGUCUCCUCGAAGUCCUCAGCAUGAUCAAGUAGCUAAGCUAAGUGAUGAACGGAUCACAACUCCCAAAAAACGAAAAGCACCUCCACCUCCCAUUAGCCCACUGCAGAGCUCAGUACCCUCCUCUCCUUCAGUCAUGACGUCCGCUGGGACGCCAGCAUCCAACAAAUGUGACACUCCCAAGAGAUUUAACUACAAGGAGGAUGAGAUUAGGGGAACAGCACUGAGAGAGGAGUUGGAGAAGCUCCACGAGGAGAGAAACAUGUUGCUGGAGACGAUCGAAGACCUGAAGCAGACGGUGGAAACGGUGGCGGGCACCGAGCUGGAAACACAGGUAGAGCACAACUUCACUGCAUCUGCAGCUCUGGUUUCUGCCCUGCAAGCCAAGAUUACUGCUCUGUCUCUGGAGAACCAGCAACUUGCGAGCAAACUGAAGAAGCAUCCGUCCCACCAAGGAAGUGAGGACCUGAAAGAGAGCAGUCGUCCGAACAGCAUGGCGUCCAACUCCUCCUUCCACUCCACCCAAGACGAGUUCGAUCCACAAGUUCCCUCCCCCGUCCAAGCGGAAGCGGAAGACCGUCCAGGAGUCGCCUCCGUCAGACUGGAGGAACGAGACGACAGCGAAAGAGGAGGAGGAGGAGGAAGCAUGGAGGAGAUCAGGCUGCUGAGGCGGGAGCUAGAACACGUUCAAAUAAAACUCCUUGAAACCAGGAAGGAGAACAGCUCGCUGCAGGCCCAGCUGAAACCUGAGCGGGGUCGAGAGAGAGAGGAGGACGAAAACAUCAGAGAGAGAGAGCUGGUGGAGACUCUGGCAGAGCUGCAGGCCAAGCUGACAGACACUCAGGAGAGAUACCACCAGGCCACGGAGGAAGUGGAGGAUCUGAGGGCGCGGAUCGGAAGAGGAGAACUGAUGGACAAUCAGACGUCCUCCACACUCGAACAUGAAGUAAAGCAGCUGGAGGCCCAGCUCGUCCAGUCGGGGGCCGAGCAAGAUAAAGCGGCUCAGGAAAUCAGACGCCUGGAAGAGGAGCUGGGGAGGAUGGAGGAGGAGAGACGGACCAUCAAGGAGAAAGAACAGAGGGCUGCGCGGAUCGAGGAGCUGUACACGGAGGCACAAGAGGAAGUCAGGAUGCUGCAGGAGGCUCUACGAGGUACGGUGCCUGUUGAGGCUGCAGCCAAAGACUUUGAGGAGAUGAAGGCUGAGCUCAGCGAGGUAAUUGAAGGGCUGCAGCGCCGCCUGCUGGAACUCUCACACUCCUACAGCGAAACCAAGAGUCAGCUGAGCGUCGCUCGCAAACAGCUGGCCGAGGUCCAAACCGAGAGCAGCGCAGCCUCAUCCACGUCCUCAGAACAACAUCAGCAGCAGGUCCAGCUGCUGAGCAGCAAGGUGGAGGAGCUGCAGGCGCUGUUGGCCGAGGCUCAGAAAAAGUACUCAGCCACUCAGGAGGAGAUUUCACUACUGAGACAGGAGGCGGAGGCUCAGGCGCAGAGCUCCGUGGCCCUCGCCGACCACACGCACGUCAUGUCCUCCCUGGGAACGGCCAUCAAAGAGCUGGAGAGCGAGGUGGAAGUCCUGAGAGAGCAGCUGUGUCAAAAGACCAAGCAGGUGGAGGCUCUUCAGAGCAGACUGGCCACAGAAAAAGACGCCACCCCAGAUGACUCAGUGUCCCGCGCGGAGCACGACGCCAUGCGGGAGCAGCUGGAGGCUGAAGUGAACCGUCUGACGCAGCUCCUCCAGGGGGCUCUCAGGAAGCAGGACGAGAUGGCUCUGGAGGCUGCAGACGCGUGGCAGAAGGCACGGGACAACGGAGCAGAGCGGGAGGCCCUGCAGGAGGUGGUGAUGUCCAGGGAGAAGGAGAACCAGACGCUGACGUCCAGACUGGAGGAGUCCCAGGACGCGGUGUGUCAGCUCAAACAGCUGGUGGAGAACCACGUUGCCUCUGAGAGAGAGAAGAACAAGAGGAUAGACGACCUGUCUCGGGAGGUCGGGAAACUAAAGGAGGCGUUAAACAGCCUGUCACAGCUCUCCUACAGCUCGUGUUCCCCCUCCAAGAGGCAGCAGCAAACCCAGCAGCUGGAGACGAUGCAGCAGCAAAUCAAACAGCUGCAGUACCAGCUGGCUGAGUCAAAGAAGCAGCACAAUGAGAUAGUGUCCGUCUACAGGAUGCACCUCCUCUACGCUGUCCAGGGUCAGAUGGACGAGGAUGUGCAGAAAGCUUUGAAGCAGAUCCUGAUGAUGUGCAAGAUGCCAAGCCAAGCCAAGGAGGCCUGCUGAGGAGGCCCCCUCCCCCCGCCCAAAAAAAAAAUAAAAAAUCAGAUGGUUUGAAACUGGUUACAAGAAAGCCCAACACAUGGUGCCUCUGGACGAACCUUGAGUAUUUGUUUAUCAAGAAUUGGUUUACAACCGCGUCUUCAUUACGUUUCCUAAUGUAAUUUUGACCUGUUUAGAUACAAUACGUCUCCAUUGUGCUAACAAGCAAUCUGUUGAGAAGUUCAAAGGUCAGCUGGAAGCGCUUCUCACUAAAGCGAACCCGACAAAAGCUACAAGUAUCAACCGUGACAUACAGCACACACAGAUGAACUGCUCCUGUUGACCUGCUUGUUGGGAAGUCAUCCAUAUUUUUACCAAGUAGCUACGUGAGAUCGGAUUAAAUCACAGCAACAAUCAAGAGAAGAGCAAACAAUCCAGCUACAGAUGUUCAUACCAGGUAGAACCGGGCACAGAGGUCGUCACUGGCUACCUUUAUAUGGAUGAUAUUUUUCCAUUUCAAUUCUGGCUUUGUUUAUCUUUUCAAACACUUGCUUUAAAACUCAUUGCCUCUGUCUCUCCUGGAAACUUGUCAUGCUAACUCAUGUUUAAUCCUAGUGGUACAACAUCUACACAAAGAUUGGAUUUAGUCCAACCACACAGGUAGUUACUUUGGACUUAUAGGAAUGUUUUGCACAGUGCUGAGAAAAUGUGCCAGCAUUGGUAGAAACUGUAAAAAUUACCAAUUUUCCUGUGUUGUUAUUUCUUACAUGUCGACAAGUUUCCAGUGUUUCUCUGUGGGAAUGGUCCCCUGCAUUGAUAUUAAGUGUCUUACCUAGCAACAGUAACACAGGAAGUUGGGAUUGGUUUUGAGCAGACCAAUCAGAAGACCAACGAAAACACAACAUAAAAACACAAGCGACACUCAGCUCUGACUGACAUCAGCCAAGCAACCAUUCAGAUGAUUCUUCUUCAUCUUGUGCGUAUCAGCCAAAAUGUACGAUCUCAAAAUGUGCACGUUAACAACACCACACUGAAACUGUCUAAGAAAUUUAGCUCAAACUUAAUCAAAACAGAUUCUGUUACAGGGCGCACGUAGAGAAAUAAAAGACUGGGUUUAUAGUAUCUGUUUUAUGAUACGACAGCGUUAGUAUUAUUAAGUCCUCUCUAACUGUAUCAUCUGUGUCACAGUUUCCUGGUUUAAUCUAAAUUAUUUGUGUCCUCUAAGCAAAGCAUGAGAUCAACCCCAGCCCAAAACAGAAAUGUUUCUUCUUGGCCGCACUUCUUUGAAGAAAAAGUAAAAUAAAUUAAUAAAUUAAAAUUUUACCACUUGGCAAAAACAUGUAAAAACAUAUCUGACUGAACUGUAUUGCCAUGUUUUUUAAGUUACUGUACGUUAAUGAAGAGCGGUGGUUUUUUUGACGGCCUUGUUUUGUGUGUUUCGUGUGAACGAGAAGCUUUUUCCUCCAGUAUAAUGACGCACUAUUUUGUUCUAGUGACACAUAAAUUAGUUUAUUUUCCUGUUAUUAUUCAUAUUUUACACGUAAGUGGUUGUUUAAUAUAGUAAAACAACAAAACAGUACGGCCUCCAUGUUUGUGUCUGUUUGACUGAGAGGAUUGUGAGAGUUCUUAACUUUCCUCUCGUCUCCUUCUUCUGAUCUUUUUUUUUUUAUUUUUUGCAGCCAGUUCUUGUGAAAUGUUUUGGCUGAAAUCAAAGACUUUACACUAAAUAAGAGUGGUCUCGUGCCUGUAAUCAGACAGUAUUCUUUCUGGCUCUACGGUAAAUGUCACCAUCUUAUUAAUUUAUUUAAAUUUUUACAUUUACCAGGAAUGUUUUUUCCAGUUUUAUCUCUCUGUUCUGUUCUUUGUAGGUACAAAAAAUACAUUUCUUUGAGACUUCUGAACUGUUGCCACACUACACUCCUUUGCCUUAGCCACUGUACCCAGAGCCAUAUGCCCUUAGAGAUCACCUCCAGACAUGGUUCACAAUCCUAACAGCUAACACUGUUUAACUGCAGUCAGAUUAUUUGAACCUGUAUGUGAGUGACUGACCCCCUUUCUCACACCUGACUAACACUUGUUGGACCCUGAGUAGAGUCUUUGCACGUCUUCUUCAUGUGUUGUAGAAAACAACAUCCUUCUUCUUCUUCCUCCUAGGCCUUGACUGAAAUGUUUUUGUACUAAGAAAGGGAAAACGAAGAAACAGCUUUUCUAUCGGUUGUUUCAGUUUUGUAGUGAGAAGAACAAUAAAAUGCUUGAUUGCCA